GUAGAACUUGAUCAGGAGGCAGAGCGGACACCCAGGACUCCAAGAUGGCAUCGCCCAUACCAGUGAAGGAAAAGAAGCUCAUGGAGGUGAAACUAGGAGAGCUGCCAGGCUGGAUACUGAUGCGGGAUUUCACCCCUAAGGGCAUUGCUGGAGCAUUUCAAAGAGGUUACUACCGGUAUUACAACAAGUAUAUCAAUGUGAAGAAAGGGGGCAUUGCUGGGAUUUCUAUGGUGCUGGCUGCUUAUGUGCUUUUCACCUACUGUGGUUCUUACAAGGAGCUCAAACAUGAACGGCUACACAAGUACCACUGAAGAGGGCCCAGUGUGGAGGCACAUUUGGCAUUCCUGACCAUGACUUUUGCCUGGCAUCCUUGAAUCCUUCCAUUGCUUAAUUCACAAUUAAUAUCCAAUAAAAGUUGACUGGUUAAAAAAAAAAAAGAACUUGA